AUGUACAGACAAAUUCUCGUUCAUGAAGAGGAUCAGAAUUAUCAACUCAUCGUGUGGAGGCAGCAGCCAUCAGAAGACAUAAAAUACUACAAGCUCAAAACCGUCUCUUACGGAACCUCAGCCGCCCCCUAUUUGGCAACCAAAUGCCUGCAGUUUUUAGCCUCUCAAAGCAAGCUAACACAUCCAAUAGGAAGCCAAAUCCUAUUAGAGGAUUUCUAUGUAGACGACUGCAUCAGCGGAUCCAACAGCAUCACUCAGGCAAAGGAAGCUCAAAAACAACUAAGGUCAAUCCUGGACAACGCCGGAUUUAAACUUCGAAAAUGGUGUGCAAACCAUCCCCAAUUGUUGAAUGAUAUUCGCCCGGAAGAUCAGGAAAUCUGCCUUGACUUCACUGACGCAAGCCACUGCACCAUAAAAACACUUGGACUCGUUUGGCAACCUAAAUCAGAUGAAUUAUGGGGGAGGGCUCAAAUAAAUGAUACUUCAUCAAUCACCAAACGUGUGGUAAGUUCAGAGCUCGCACGAAUAUUCGAUCCAUUGGGACUAUUUGGCCCCGUUGUAGUUCAAGCCAAAAUCUUCAUGCAAAAACUUUGGCAUUCAAAACUUUCUUGGGGUGACGAGCUUCCACAACACCUCAAAGAAGAAUGGUUCAGCUUCAGGAAGGACAUAGCAGAUCUCGACCAAGCGAAAAUUCCCAGACACGUUUUCAAGGGAAACCCUACGUCUAUACAGAUUCAUACGUUCGUGGAUGCUUCAGAGCGAGCCUAUGGAGCUGCGGUAUAUUUACGUUCAACAUACCAAGAUCGAACAACUAUCAACAGGCUACUGUGUGCAAAAUCGCGUGUAGCCCCAAUAAAACAACAAACACUUCCUCGACUCGAACUAUGCGCUGCAGUAUUAGGAGCUGAACUCACCCGCAGAGUACGAGAAGAUGUGCGACUUCCAGAAGCGGCAGUAUUUUUUUGGACAGAUUCCCAAAUUGUUCUUUCCUGGAUAAACUCAACGUCAUCUUCAUAUCACACCUUCGUAGCAAAUCGAAUCGCAAAAAUACAAGAACACUCAUGGGGAGCCCUGUGGCGUCAUGUGCCAUCAAAGGAAAAUCCCGCAGACUUGCUCUCUCGAGGAAUAUCUGCACGAAACUUCAUGUCUUGUCACAUGUGGCUUUAUGGACCUUUCUUUUUACAUGGAAAUGAAUCAGCGUGGCCACAAAUAUCUCCAAGGGAACAAGAACCUCAUUCAAAUCUUGAACGAAAAAGAAAACACAUUGUUGCUAUAGCACUACAAGACGAUCCUCCAAGUCAAUUCAUCUACAAGAUACAACAUCGAAAUUCAUUCAAGUUUCUACAAAAUACCAUUGGCUAUAUGCUCCGGUUCAUCAAAAGGGCCAAGAAACUCAAGGUGAAUCCGGAGGGACAGAAGGCGCUUUCACCCAAGGAACUUAACGAAUCUCUCAUGACUAUUAUAAGACAGAUACAAUCCAUUGAAUUCAAAGGCGAAAUUCAAGAUCUUAAAAGAAAUAAGGGCCUAUGCAAAUCUAGUGCAUUUAUAACUCUGGCACCAUUUUUAGACGACAACAACGUUCUUCGAGUAGGAGGACGACUAGAAGCUGCAUCAAUAUCAUUUGAUGCAAAACAUCCAAUAUUACUCCCCUACAACGAAUCAAUUACAAAGUUGCUUUUCAAAUUUAAACAUGACUCACACAAUCACUGUGGACCGCAAACCUUAUUAUCCAUUCUUAGACAACAAUUUUGGCCAAUUAAGGGGAAGAUCACAGCUCGACACACAGUUCAUAACUGCAUUAGAUGUACAAGAACCAGACCAAAUCUAAUGACCCAAAUAAUGGGUAAUCUUCCUGCCGACCGAGUUACUCCAAAUAGACCAUUCCUUAUCAGCGGUGUAGAUUUCUGUGGACCUCUGUGGGUGCACUUCAAAAUCAGAGGUAAGAAACCACACAAGGUUUACUUAGCAGUGUUUUGCUGCUUCUCAACUAAGGCAGUGCACUUGGAAAUAGUAACAGAUUUAACCACUGAAGCCUUUAUUGGGGCCGUGAGAAGAUUCAUUAGUAGAAGAGGAAGAAUCCAGACGCUAUAUUGUGACAAUGCAACCAAUUUCGUCGGAGCCAAAAAUCAGCUUGCCGAGCUCAAGGAUAUAUUACACACAACAGAAGCAAGAGAAUCCAUCAUCAAGGCCAGCAGCGAUAAGGGAAUAACCUUUAAGUUCAUUCCACCAAGAGCCCCCCACUUCGGCGGAUUAUGGGAAGCAGCAGUCAAAUCAGCGAAACAUCUCCUACUCCGAACAGUAUCUACAGCCUCAUUAACCCAUGAGGAACUAGAAACUGUGGUCAUCGAAAUAGAGGCAAUUCUGAAUUCAAGGCCACUAACUCCACUGUCAACUAACCCAAAUGAUCUUGCCGCACUUACACCUGGACAUUUCUUAAUAGGAGAACCUCUUACCGCACAAAUUGACCCCGAUAUAGUUCCAGAGACCAAAAAUCUAAGAAAUCGAAACAAGUGGAACACGAGCCAACAAAAUAUAAGAAUUGGUGACCUAGUCAUCAUAAAGGAAGAUAACAUUCCAACCCUCAAAUGGCCGUUGGGAAGAAUUGUCGACAUCUUUAAGGGACAGGAUGACAUAGUUCGAGUGGUUAACGUAAAAACACAGUCAGGAAUAUUAAAACGACCUAUUCAUCGUCUAGCUCCACUCCUUGACGAUAGCGAAGAUGUCAACCAGGAACAGGAAGAUGAGGACACACAAGCAGAAACAUCACCAAAACGACGGAAAACAUGCAAUACUUCAUUAAUCACAACGGUAAUUCUAUCAUUAUUCUUGCUUCCAAUGGUUAUUGCAUCACCGAUAAACAUUACAAGAUUCAAAAACAAUCCUGGACUAUACUUCGAAAAUCUUGGCUCCACCAACCUGAUUGCAAACGAAUGGAACCUAGUCACAUACUAUGACCUAGCACCCAUCCGAGCUGAGCUUGAGGCAUUCAACAACGGAACAAAGGCUCUCCAAUACUUAUGUAAUCAACUACAGCUUAGAACAACAUGUAAUGCGAUGGUUACCUACCUAACGAAUAUGAAGAUAUCACUCCAAGGAGACACCAACUUAAUCUCAAGACAUCGAAGUACUAGAGCAGCAAUAAACGUUGUGGGAAACGUAGCUCAUACGUUAUUCGGGCUACUGGACUCUGACUAUGCAGAAGAAUUGUCUAAAACAAUCGACCAUAUAAACAAUAAUGAGGCUCUUUUAUUAUCGAUGUUAAAAAAUCAAACGUCUGUCAUCGACUCAACCAUCAACAUAAUAAAGCAUGAUCAGCUGAAGGUUCGAAAUCGCAUAAACAUGCUUCAAAAUCAAGCCAACGAGAUUAUUGGAAGAAUCGGAAACACAACUGACCAGCUUAGAGUAUUUCAAAUCUUCACUACACUCGCAAUGCAACUAAUGAUGAUGGCAUCUAAUCUUCAAAGGAUCGAAGGCACGAUUCUUAAGACACUAACGGAUGUACACUAUGGCAACAUCAACCCUCUACUGCUCUCACCUACUCAACUUAAGGCUGAAAUCAUGAACAUAAAAAAUCAUUUACCACUGUCACAAAAACUACCAUUCGAGCAAGAAGAUUUGCUCCAAUUCUACAAAAUAUCAACAACGAAGGGUGGUUCCGCAGGAAAACACUUAAUUUUCGUAAUCACCAUUCCACUCGUUGAACAAGAAGCUAUUCCAAAUAACACCAGUUCCUUUGAUACUAAACAACACGCUUCUGAAAAUCAAUCCAGCCAUAGAAAUCCUGGCCAUAAACCGUCAUAG